AAAAGAACCGAUCAAUAAUUGCAUAAUAGUUUUUUUAAUUCUAUGAACAAGAUUAAGGUAUACCAACUGUCAUUAAUUGAUUAAGAUGCAGACCGAACUUGUCGUAUUUAUAAUGCUUCUCACUUCGUUUCAAGAAUUAUUUAUUGUAGAGGGAAAUGCACUCCAAAAUGUACAUGUUAUUCAACUGAUUGAUAUAACAUCUUUCAUUGUGAAGACCAAAUAUAAAAUAAUUUUCAAAAAUAUUGGCCCUGAUCCAAUAGACAAAUAUAUAUUCGAACAAGUCGAUGGUACAGUAGAUGCAAGUUUCACAAAUGGUAAAAAUGAUACACUCUCCUAUGAGUCCAAGAGCAACAAUAAUUCUACUGUCUUCAUUUUGGAUUUAAAUCACCAGUUACAACCACAAGAAGAGUAUACACUGAAAAUCAGGUCGAUUUUUCCAUCAAAGUUAAUACCCGCAACAAAAUUCAGCAAAUUUGAUGAAGAACAUUCUUUCCUCUGGAGGGGCAACAGUAUCUUUUAUUCCCGUUAUCCUACCAAAAAUUAUCGUUUCAUGUUCUUAACAGAGUCUACAUUCAAUAGGAAUAUUAAAAUGUCAAUUAUGUACGAUUCGUCAGUAAGAAAUAUGUUCAUUUAUUACGCACGUAAUAUAACACCUCUUCAAUAUAAGGAAAUUGUCCUGACAUUCACAAGUCCAAUGCCUAUGUAUAGAGUGAAGAAACUAUUACGAAAUAUUUAUGUACCACAAUUAGGGAAAAUUUUGAUUCAAGAUCAAGUGAUUGUACAAAAUGCAGGACCUAAGUUGUUUGGGCCCUACUUCAACACACAGUCUGAUUAUUGGAUGUAUACACAUUUACCAAAAUCAGCAGAAAAUAUAAAAUUCUUUGAUGUACUUGGAAAUAACAGUAAAACAUUUUUACACGAGGAUGAAACCCAUAAAACUCUAAAAUUCAUUCCAAGGUAUUCGUUACGCCAAGGAGGUUGGAAAUCAACAUAUAUUGUCCAAUAUAACGUUCCUAUUUAUGAAUAUGUUUUCAAAGAUGUGAUUGAAUAUUAUCUCAAAAUCCGAGCUAUGGAUCAUAUUCUCAAUGACGUUCUGAUUGAAGAUGCUGAAGUGAAGGUGUUUCUUCCAGAUGGAGCUAGAUUAAUAUCUGUUAAUAUACCUCCUAAAUUUGACAACCACUAUGAAACUACUUCCUAUACUACUCUGAGUAUAUUAGGUAGAUGCACAGUAAAUUUGGAGGGAAAAAUGCUAUUGGAAGAACAUAUAAAUGAUGUUGUGAUUAAAUAUCACUAUUCUCCAUUUAAUUUUCUCAUUGCUCCUUUCUUUAUUAUUUCUACAGUAGAAUGUAUAUUUUUCGCUCUCAUUUUAUGGCUGAAACAUUCUGUAAAAAUUUGUUAGUUCAUGAGUUUUUUUAGUGAAGGUAUAAUUGAAGUCAUUCAAUAAAUUAUUGGAAACAA